AUGUACUCUCAUCCGCACAACGCCGGCGUCGCCGCCGCGCCUCAAAAACCCGAAACCUUCAUGCUCAGCACAGAAGCACAACAAGCGUUACCACACGAUGCCCAGGUCGCUCUGCAGCAGGUCGAUAAUCUGAAAUACUUCCUCAUAUCUGCCCCCGUCGAUUGGCAACCAGACCAGUACAUUCGCAGGUUCCUAUUACCCACCGGGGAAUAUGUUUCUUGCGUACUAUGGAACAAUCUCUUUCACAUCUCUGGCACAGACAUUGUACGAUGCCUGUCGUUCAGGUUCCAAGCCUUUGGCCGGCCGGUAAAGAACUCAAAGAAGUUUGAGGAGGGCAUCUUCUCAGAUCUCCGAAACUUGAAAUCUGGCACCGACGCCUCCCUCGAGGAGCCCAAGAGCCCAUUCUUGGACUUCCUGUACAAGAACAACUGCAUCAGGACGCAAAAGAAGCAAAAGGUUUUCUACUGGUAUAGCGUACCACACGACCGUCUUUUCCUUGAUGCGCUCGAGAGGGAUCUGAAGAGGGAAAAGAUGGGCCAGGAGGCCACCACCAUGGCCGUCAGCGAGCCGGCUCUGUCCUUCCAGUAUGAUUCGUCGCAGUCGCUUUACGAGCAAUUGACCAAGGCUCAACAGGCGAACUCGUCUUCCUUCAACGCCCAGCAGGUUUCCUUCCCCCCGUCGCAAUCCACGUCCCCUGUCAUGAGGGCGAUGGACUCGAUGCCUCCGCCGCCCCAGAUGAUGCCCCAGCCAAUGCCCCAAUCGAUGGCCCCUUUAGCGGAUGGCCUGGACGCCAUGGUCCCUUAUGCCGCGAUGGCGAUGGGUCCGGGGAUGCCGCCCCAGCCGGCAGUCAAGCGGGAGCCUGACUUCAACCGCGUCCAGUACAACCAAAACGGAGUCCCAAUCACCCAAGGCCACCAGCGCCACGCCUCCAUGCCCGCCUACGGUCUUGAGUACUCUCCCGCGCCUUCCUUCGUGUCAUCCCACUAUGACGACUACGGUAACAGGGGAAUCUCCUUCGAGCCUCUCACGCCUCCCCAGCAAGCCAUGGGCAUGGGUGCUGAGCCUGCCUACAUCGCCAACGAGGAGACUGGACUCUACACUGCUAUCCCUGAUCACAUGAACGGUGUCAACGGCUUAAACGGUAUGAUCCAGUUGCCUCCGUCCAAUCUGGCUGGCCCCCAAUUCACAAGGUCCUAUGGGUCAAACAACGUUUACUCUGUGAUUGAGGGCUCGCCAACCUACAAGCAGAGGAGAAGACGCUCAUCAAUCCCGCCAGGCAUGUCGGCCAUCGCCGCAGCCACAGCUGCCGCCACCGCCGCCCACAGGCCAUCGGACCUGCGUCGAUCUGUGUCGGCAUCCGUCGGUCCAGUUGCUGAAGGCGAUGAGUCGCUUGACAACUCGCCCCCUGGACUCAUCUACAGCAACCCGCCCAUGUCAAUGGCAAACCACCAGAGGGAAGCCAUGGAGCAAAUGUCCCGACACGGAACCCCUCUCUCCACGGUGGAAGGCAGCCCCGGCAUGCACAAUGUCAACCUGGAACAACAACAAUACCCUAUGCCCUCUGAAGAUAUGACCAGCCCCAUGGACGACCGCAGGCCAAUGGCCCAGGGUGGCCCGACCGUUGCCCGCAGGGCACGCUCGGCAACUGUCAUGGGCAGUGAAGUCGGCCCCUACCCGCAGAAGUCACACUCGUGCCCGAUCCCGACCUGCGGACGUCUCUUCAAGCGCCUCGAGCACCUGAAGCGACACAAGCGCACCCAUGAUCGGGCCGAUGGCGGUGAGGGACUUAUCCUGUCCGGUGAGGACGAGGAAGAGUACUCGGGUGAGGACCACCUGGGUUCUCUGGAGGAAGCUUCUCCAACCUCGGAGGGUGGAUACGUUACGUCGUCACUGAACUCGGCAAUGGCUCACGGCAACUCAUCGCAGCACCCGAGCUCAAAUGCUGUCAGCCCUAACGCUGGGGCAAUGAACCAUGCGCCAACAUUCAACUCGAUGCAGACGCUGAUGCAGCCGAUGCAAAUGAGCCAACCUCAACCCAUCAAUGCCGGUGGCAUGAUGUGA